GUCCAUCAAUAUCUCCUGAUUCGGCCUAGAGCAGCGAGCGCCUCUGGGCAAAGCGGUCUGACGGACAUGGGCGGCGCCGCCGUAGCCUUGCUCGCCGCCACUAGACGACGCUCCAUCCCGCUUGUUACCUCCUCGCUCCCUCGUGCUGCGCGCGGUCUCCACGAGGCUACAGCGGCAGCGGGGGAGGACAAGGCGAGGACGCGCCGGCGGAGGAGCAGUAGCAGCCGCCUUCUUGGACCAGACAUCACCGACACCUGGGAUCCACCCCCGCGCCCAGCGGCGAGGCCGUUACCCCCGCCAGCCGCCGGAGUUGAUUACAAGUCCGCAGCAACCAUUAUCGAUGGCAAGUCCAUUGCAGAGGACAUAAGGUUACAGAUUGCUCAGGAGGUUCUUCAAAUGAAAAAUGCAGUCGGACAUGUUCCUGGCCUUGCUGUCGUACUGGUAGGAGAUAGAAAGGACUCUCAGUCCUACGUGAGAUUCAAAGUAAAGGGUUGUGAGGAAGUCGGAAUAAAAUCUUUGCUGUCGGAGUUGCCUAGGAACUGCACAGAAGAUGAGGUGGUGGAUUCAGUGUCAAGAUUCAAUGAAGACCCGUCCGUUCAUGGCGUCCUUGUUCAGCUACCACUACCACAACACAUGGAUGAAGAGAAGAUUCUCAACGCCAUUAGCCUAGACAAGGAUGUUGAUGGUUUCCACCCCUUAAACGUUGGUAAUCUCGCCCUUAGAAGCCGGAAACCUUUGUUUGUUUCCUGUGCUGCAAAGGCUUGCCUUGAAUUAUUGCUUCAAUCUGGUAUUGAUCUCAUGGGAAAGCAUGUCACUAUUAUCGGGAGAAGCAAAGUUGUUGGAUUACCCACUUCCUUACUUUUACAGAGACAUCACGCUACUGUAAGUGUUAUCCACGCGUUCACAGCAAACCCAGAGGAGAUUACUCGUGAAUCUGACAUUGUGAUCUCAGCUGCUGGAGUGGCCAACCUUGUAAGAGGAAGUUGGUUAAAGCAAGGUGCAGUUGUGAUUGAUGUUGGGACAAAUCCAGUAGAGGAUCCAGACAGUGAUUAUGGCUAUCGAUUAACCGGCGAUGUCUGCUUCGAAGAAGCAGUGAAUGUGGCUUCUGCUAUAACUCCUGUUCCAGGCGGAGUGGGACCAGUCACCAUUGCAAUGCUUCUUGCCAACACACUCGACUCAGCCAAACGAGUCUAUGGCUUGAAUGACUGAACGCCCCGAACUAAGGGUGUUCAAAAACAGUUUGGAUCGACCUGUGAAACCCGUCAUAUACAAACUUUUGAGCUAAGGCUGCUACUUGGGUUUUUUACAUGGAUACAAAUUGAACUAGUGCCGCUCUGCCGGUUUUGGUAGGUUGAUCCUAACCUGAGAAUUAGGUGUCACAGUUCCCCUUUGUAAAUUAGUUUGCCUUCUCUUGUUCCUCUGCCCAUUGCUCUCAAGUUAAGCUAGAUUAGAGCUGGGAUGUAAUAUUUCGUUUUUUGCCAACAGUAUAUUGUAUGCUUAAUGAUGUCCAAUCUUUCAAUAAUCUACCCUUACCUGGGGAUCAUAUGAAUAUGAAUGUAUGAUAGCCCAGUUUUUUUUA